AUGGCGAACCAGUGCUUGGACCUCGUCCGCACUGCCGCCGUCGCCGUCGUCACCCAUUUUCUCAUUCUAUUCAAUCUUGCCGCCGACAACUGCAGCAGGAUUCUCGACUCGGAAAUGGCGCAGCUGCUUCUGGCCAUCGCCCACACUGUGGCACGCACUGUCGUCGCCCCCUUUUCCAUCUUCGCCGAACUUGUCGCCGCCGCUCAAAACAAGCUGCUUGAUGCGCUUCUUGCCUUCUCAUAUUCCGUCGCCGCCGGUUACAACAAGAUGCUCGAUGCGAUUGAUAUCUUCGCCAAUCUUGUCACCACCGCGUACGACAACAUCCUCGACACAGACAUAACAGAAGCUUGCUUGGAUACCUUCCGCGCCGUGGCACGCACAGUCGUCGCUCGGUAUCUCAUCUCUGCCGAUUUCGUCGCUGCCGCCUACCACAAGAUCCUCGACUCGAACAUGACACACCAAUGUUUGACCGUCGCAAACACGAUGUCACACGCUGUCGCCAACUCUCUUCUCGCGGUGACCGAUUUCGUCACCGCUGCGUACAACCAGACCUUCAAUGCAGAUAUGGCGCACAAAUUGUGGGCCAUCGCAGCUGCUGGAGCACACGCGGUCGCACGCACUGUCGCCGCCCCAUUCAUCUCCUUCGCCAAUACCAUCGCCAGCGUCUGCGCUGCUAUUCAAUGGUGGUUCGAGGCUUUGAUCUGUAUCUCCUGUGGCCUGGUUAUCGUUAUCUUGCUAUACUGCGCCUUCACUGAGCUUCGCCGCUUCUUCGUCGGCAAUACGUGGCGUCCCUGUCAACCUGCUGAAGAGAUCACCGUCCCCGAUGUUGAAAUGGAAGAUGCUCCACCCAUUGAGUCUGAGAUGGCAGAUGCUCCAUCCGUUCAAUCGACUUUACCGCCAAUCGCAUGCGACGGUCCAGAGCUUAAAGGCCACUUCUAUCAGCACCCUUGGAGAAUCCGCACACCUUUUGGAUGGGAACUUAUCAACAAGCAAACCAGACGUUCGACUCCACAAGCACUGAUGCAGUGUCCUUGGGAAGAUCGUUUGAUGUGGGGCCCAGAUCCAGCGUGGGUUACCUCCCACAACUCCCGCCUCCUCAGAGAACAUGCAGCGCGCAAGCAGGCAGAACAGGAGCGAUUCGAGCAGCGGAAAUACGACAUUGAAUAUGCCAAAUGGGUGUACAGAUGUCACAUGUCUGUUGCUGAUAAGCCGAUCUAUUCGACCUCUGCUCAGCCACCAAAGGCGGACUCCGACAGUGAUAAACAUGGUGAGCCAGCCAGUAAGCCUCAGCCAAAUAUCGUCAAGAGCAAGCCUACGAGAGUCGUCGAGGAACGUCUACCUGCCUCUACCUCCACUCGCGAGCCAAUUCCAGAUGCAGCGCCAACUCCGCCAGCACCGACCCGUCGCCGCAGUCAGAAGCAGGCCUCCGUUCCCAGCCUGCCUGAGCCCAUCUCUACAACUGCUCCCAUCAACUCUGCUGCUCCUACACACGUUGAGCCAACCAGCAAGCGUCAGCCAAUCAUUGUCAAGAGCAAGGCUAUUGGAGUCUCUGAGCAUCGUCGGGCUGCCUCUGCCUCCACUCACGAGCCAAAUUGGACUGCAACACCACCCUCGCGAGCGCCGUCUCCACGUCCAGCUCAGAAGCAUGUCUCGGUCUCCGCUCAACCUGAGCCUAUUUCUUCAAUCGCUCCUGUCAACUCUGCUACUUCUACCCAAGUUGAGCCAAUCGAUGAGCCUGAGCAAGAAAUCGUUGGAAGCAAGGCUAUUGGAGCCUCCGAGCAACCUCCUUCCCCCUCUGCUUCCUUCCUCGCACCAACUUCCGCUGCAGAGCCAGCUCCGCCAGCACCGACCGAGACUCGCCGCCAGAAGCACGUCACGUUUGCGGAGGUGGAGUCUGAGCUCAUUCCUGCGGCUGCUUCUGUACACCCCGCCACUCCGGUUCCCUCUGCUACUUCUACCCACGCCGAGCCCAGCCAUGAGGAUGAGCAGGCCGGCCCUGCAUCAACGCCGUAUACAGAGGCACGAGAGGCCGAGGCUCGUGUCUCGAAGAAGCCGCGGCCUCUCGCGUUCCAUCGCAAGUGGCGCGGUGUCUGGAAGCCAGCCGAGCGAGCCAACAAGGUCAAGGCGGCCGCUGGAAGCAUCGUGCCCGUGGACUUGGAGAACACCGUGCCAAGUCAAAGCUGUGCACCUCCCAGCCAACCAAUGGAGGGUGUCAGCGAGACGGCAGCGUGUCUCCAGCCGCAGAACGGGCACGAUGGCGAGGGCGCGCACUCAGCCCACUCCAGUCUCACCAACGCGCCAUCAGAAGACAUGGUGAUGGCAGAUGUGGCAGAAAUGCCCGUUGCCGAGCCAGCUUCUGAGGGUGAGACUGGCAUGCAGGGCAUCGAGCAGACAGUCGCUCCGUCGCAGGAGCUGGCUAUGCUCGACGAUGCUCCGCAUGAGGUGGCUGGGCGCGCCCCAGAAGUCCAGGAGCAAGCCAUGGAGGAUGUCGUGGAGAGUCUCCCUGUGGCGCAGGACGCCAUGCCUCUCCUCAGUCAGGCGAGCCUGCAAGCGCCUCCGCAGGCACCUCCAGCCCCCGCUCCCUCGCUUGGCCUCGUGGAGACGGCUGCUGCGGCGAGCCCACAGCAGGGGCUGGGCGCCUUCACCGGUGCCGGGGUGCAGCCUGCCAUCCCUCAGCAGGCCGUCCCGCAGCCUGUCGCUCCACAGCCUGCCAGCCAUAGCGUGCCGCCGCAGAGGCCUCUCCCGAGCCAACAGACGCUGCAAGAAGCUCGGAGACUGGGCCGAACUUGUCAUAUGAAACUGUUUCGGUGGGCUGAGCGUAAAACGAUCGACGCGGAGGACAUGAAGAAACUGUGCGCGGAACUUGUAUCAAUGGUCGAGUUCUGCCUAAAAAAGAGGACACAGGGAUUCAACGGCCCUAUCGACCGAUUGACGCCUUCUCUGACCCAGAACUACUGCGAGUACAUUGAGGCGAAGCUCCGAAGCAUGGAUCCAUCCGACAUGGGCAACAAAGCGCUGGAACAUUGCACUGAGCUGCAAAAAGGCGGCUUCUUCGGUGAUGGCAGUAAAGACUCAAGCCUGAAAGAGAUCAUCGGGCUACUUUACCAGAAUGCCGAUCGCCUCAAUCAAAUUCUGCGGUCUUGCACGGAACAGAACAAGCCACUUCCUGCAGCCAAAGUGCCCAAGGACUUGAAAGUACUGCAAGAGGAUCUGCAAGUAUUCAAGAGAUACCACAACCAGUCGUCGCAAUCUUUCAAGGAGCACCUGCGCAAAUCGGACGACACAGCUCCAGUUUUAUUGCAAUUGUUGGUCUUACAAUUGGCGAUCGAGCAGGCCAAUAUUGCAUUUCCCACGAACCAGGAGGACAUUGAGCGAGAGUGGUUCCUGGAUGGCUUGCAGAUGUGCCAAAAGCUCUUGAAAGAAUACAACCCUCUGCGAGCACUGACCAAUGUCACGAUCGAGCAAGUCAUCGCGAAGAUGGAACGUUGGCUACUCGACUCAGAGAGCAGGCUACGAGCAGCUACGACAGGCUUCGAAAUCCGGGCUCGCCAAUCCGCUCUUUGCUUGUUCGCGCGUCGACUGAGGGACUUCGACGAAUAUUACUUCGACGAGAAUGGCUCAGCCAGGAACAAUGUCGCGGCAGAUGUUUCGAAUAUCGUGGCAAAGCUCCAGGUCAUCAAGGACAUAAUUGUUCAGAUGACACCGGCUCAAGACAGCCGCCAUUACCAGCCAAUUGCACAAGAAGUCCUCCAGAUCUUGCAAACAAGAUAUCUGCCGACAGCCGUGAUCAAUGAUGGCUCUGCUGGACCAACUAUUCCGCCACCCUCUUCCCCGACUUUGGCUCCCACAUCACAGUAUGUUAUGAAGACUACAGACUGCCGUCAUAGAGUGGCCGCUCACAGCGAUGAUUUAGGCUCUAGGAAGAAGGGCCACUUCGCAGAUUCUGGUCUCCAACGCCGGAUGGUUCCGACUGCAGACAAUCAUCCACUACAGGAUGCUACUUUGACGGUGGACGACGCAACCGAGCUGAUUGGCAGCUGGCUCAAACUCUCCGAGGAUACGCUCAAUGAUAUGAUGAAGAGCUCUGUCGACGACAAAGCGCUUCAAGGCGAGCUUGACCUGCUACACCAGCGCCUCAAGCACAUCGACGAAUAUCUUGUGGCUCCGAACCGCUACUGGAAGUCCUUCACUACUGGGAUGCCAUCUGUUUGGAUGCAGAAAAUCUUCGGCAUGUUGACUAGCACCCAGAUGCUUUGCGUCAAAAUCAAGGAGACAUCCGGGCGGCCUACUUGGGAAUGCUACAAUGUCGUGAACGAAAUCUUCCGCUUCGCACCAGGCACACCCAUGGUCGUGAUUCCCGACAAGCUUCGAUAUCUUCACGACCUGUUGAGACCGACCUGUGGCAAGACUUAUGAGAAGAUCACAGGCCUGAAAGACCGUCACGCUUUGUUCAAAGUCCAGUCGUACUGGAACAUGCUCUUUGACGCGAACAGCAAAGCCCCUUUCUUUGACGAAUCGAUGCGGAUCAUGGACGAAAUAUACAUACUCAUUGGGCAACGCAAGGGCUGUUGGGCACAUAUGCUCGCGACCAACUUCGGGUCUGCGGUGGAAAAGUAUAAUGAAGUCAAGAAGCUCGUUGUUGACAUGAAGAAUUGGAUGGAAGCUCUUCUGGGUAAUGAGGACCCUACUCUUGUCAAGCAAAGCUUUCCUUGGCUCUACGACUUUGGGAGUCGGGAGAAUAAUGUGUUCAAUACAAUGAAGAGAUGA